AUGUGUUAUCCUAUGGUUAUAGCACGUUUUCUAAUGACAAAUGCAAUUAAUCAAUUACUUGAACAUCAAAAUCAAAAUGCUAGUACACGUUUAAUAAUUGAUUAUCUUGAUUUAAUAAAAAAAAUGAUUCAAUUACUUCGUUAUUCAAAUUUAUUUGAUUUUGAUCAAUUAUUAAUUUCAAUUCAAAUUGGAUCUAUAGAAAAAACUUGUGUUAGUGAAGCCUUAAAAACAGAUAUUACAUAUCUUUUAUCUUUAUGUGAACACGGUGAUCUACAUUUACGUGGUGCAUGUGCAAAUUUACUUGUUACAUUAAUUCAAACAACAAUUUAUCUUUUAACACAUUCUUAUCAAAUUCAUUUAAUAAUUCUUUUAUUAAUCAAUGUCCACUUUCAUGCAUUUACAAUCAUAGGCAUUGAGUUAUUAGAAGAUUCUAUUCAACAUACUACAAGUUCCUGUAUUCUUGCUAAAGUUAGUCUAGCUCAAUUUAUAGAUGAUAUUGAUUUUCGAAUAUUAACUUAUCUUGAACAACAAUUAAAACAACAGUACCCUGAUAUACGUGUUCGUCAAGCAAUUGCUUCGACUUUUGCUAACAAACGAAAAAAUGUUUUGAAAGUAGCACAAAUGAUUCAAAAUGCAAAAGAUUCAUCAACAACAUCAAAUACAGACAAAGAUAAAAAUGUUAAUCGUAUACAAUUAGGUACUUUUGGAAAUUAUCCGAAUUAA